AUGAAGAUGUUCACUUUGCUGGGGCUCCUCUUGGCUGCCCUCUCUUUAGCAAGCUGUGUCCCCCUGCAGCAGACGCCCAGCCGCAGCAAAGUCCUCCUGGUCUCCUUUGAUGGCUUUCGGUGGAACUACGACCAGGAUGUGGACACCCCCAACCUGGAUGCUAUGGCAGCAGAGGGGGUGAAGGCAAAGUACAUGACUCCUGCCUUCAUCACCAUCACCAGCCCAUGCCACUUCACGCUGCUGACCGGCAGAUACCUGGAGAGCCACGGGGUGAUUCACAACAUGUGGUUCAACACCAGCACAGGACAGAAGCUGCCCUACUACAGCACACAAGGCGUGGACAGCUGGUGGGACAACGGGAGCCUGCCCAUCUGGAUCACUGCCCAGAGACAGGGUUUAAAGACAGGCUCAAUCUAUUUCCCUGGAGGAAAGGCAAAAUAUCAAGGGGAACAAGUGAACAUGAGGCUGGUGGAGCCCAUCAUCUUCAACUACAACAAUGAAACCAACUGGCAAGAGAACAUUAACAUCACCAUGAAGUGGUUCACAGAGCACGACCUCGACUUCAUCGCCCUCUACUUCGGUGAGCCGGACUCAACAGGGCACAAGUUUGGCCCCGAGUCCACCCAGAGGAAAACAGUGAUCGAGAAGGUGGACAGAACCAUUGGUUUCUUGAGACAGCGUAUCAGGGAAAGCGGCCUGGAAUCAAAACUCAACCUCAUCAUCACAUCUGACCACGGCAUGGAGACCGUCAUAAAGACCAAUGAGAUUCAUAUCAGGAAAGUAGCAAACUUCUCAUUCAAAGACAUCCAGUUUGAACUCUUAGAUUAUGGACCGAAUGGGCUGCUGCUGCCAAAGGAAGGAAAACUAGAGCAUGUGUAUUCAGUCCUGAAGAAUGCUCACCCAAACUUACAUGUGUACAAGAAAGAAGACUUCCCAGAGAGAUUCCACUACGCCAACCACCCCCGGAUAGCCCCACUGGUGCUGUACGGCGAUCCAGGAUACGUGAUCCAUGGGAGAAUCAAAGUCCAGUUCAACAAAGGUGAACACGGCUUUGACAACGAGGCCAUGAACAUGAAAACCAUCUUCCGUGCUGUGGGGCCGGCCUUCAAGCAGGGGCUGGUGGUUGAGCCCUUUGAAAGCGUCAAUGUCUACCCCCUCCUCUGCCAUCUGCUGGGCAUCACCCCUGAGCCCCACAACGGCUCCCUGGCGAUCAUGGAGCCCAUGCUGAAUUCUGCUGCUCCUGACCCUGCUGCCACGAAGCUGUCGGUGAUGCUGGCACUUGCUCUCGUCAGCACAACCCUGCCCGUGUUUGUAGACAGCAGCAGCCCGCUGGGCUGCGAAGCUUUCGUCGUCUGGCUCCGCCCCGCCGGUCCCGCAGCAGUACCGGCGGGUGGUCCGGCCGGGUGGUCCGGUGCCCCGGUGCAGUACCGGCAGCUGGCGGGCGGUGGCUCCCGAGCCGCACUCACUGCCCGGUGCACCACCGGGAGAGAUCGUUACCGGCGGAGGUGGGGGGCACCGCUGAUGAUAAAACCCCCUCCGGGUGAAUCUCGCUGCCCGCAGUUAGUGGCCGCUCGCCCGGCGCAAUGA